CUUAGUUAUCAAACACUGUUUAACAAAAUAUUUGUAAAUUUCACGCACACACACACACACGCACACACAUAAGUCAUGGCUGAUCGCUUAAAUGUCUGCAUAAUUGGGUCGGGCAACUGGGCAACAACAAUUGCACGCAAUGUGGGAAACAAUGCGCUAACUUCGCAAUUUCUGGAGCCCACUGUGCUCAUGUAUGUGUACGAGGAGUACAUAGAGGGGCGCAAGUUGACUGAGAUUAUCAAUACGACGCACAUUAAUGUCAAGUACAUGCCGGACUAUGUGCUGCCAACCAAUGUGGUGGCUUUGGAUGAUGUGGUGACCACUGCACGUGAUGCGGAUAUUCUCAUCUUUGCCAUACCGCCCACAUUUGUGAGCAACUGCUGCAAAACGCUGCUGGGCAAGGUGAAACCGCUGGCACACGCCGUGUCGCUAAUCAAAGGCUUUGAUCGCGGCGAUGAUGGCCAAAUACUGCUCAUAUCGCACAUCAUAAUGCGGCAGCUAAAGAUACCUUGCUCCGUUCUGGUGGGCUGCAACCUGGCGCAUGAGAUAAGCAACAACAACUUCUGCGAGGGCACAGUGGGCUGUCGCGAUCAGAAAUAUAUGCGCAUACUGCACGAUCUGUUCAAGUCGUCGACAUUUCGCGUAGUUGUUACUGACGAUGCGGAUUGCGUGGAGAUCUGCUCAACGCUCAGAAAUAUAAUUGCCUUUGGGGCUGGCGUUGCGGAUGGCAUGGAAAUGAAUGAGAACACCAAGGGCGGCAUUAUAAGGCGUGGCAUGCUAGAGAUACUGCAAUUCGUGGAUGUGUUUUAUCCUGGCAGUCGCAUGGCAACGUUCUUCGAGUCCUGCGGCUUAUCCGAUUUGGUCACCAGUUGCUAUGCCAAUCGCAAUCGUCGGCUGGCCGAGACUUUCGUUAAGACGGGUCGUCCUUUAAGCGAGCUGGAGUAUGUGCUGGUGCCAGGCCAUGAGCCCCUGGGCCCCGUUACCGCCGAGUUGGUAAACAUAAUGCUCAAGAAAAAGGGUCUAGAGGAUAAAUUUCCUUUAUUCACAACUAUUUAUCGCAUUUGCGCUGGCGCCUAUCCUUUGGCUCGUCUUGUGGAAACGUUGCGCUUUGCUCGCGAAGAUAUCUAUCAUCCGAAUCACAUAUUCCAAUUGUAGUACAGCAAAAAUUUGAAAUGGUAUCCAAACAAAUUGUACGUCAACAGCAGCAGUUUAAUAAAAACUUUAUUCAAAUG